UUUUCUCUUUCCCAGGAUGCACCAUGAUGAAACGUCAUAGACCUGUCAGCAGCAGUGAGAGUUCAGAUGAAUGUCCUUCCACUUCCUUUACUUCUGGCUCAAUGUAUAGGAAAAAGUCAAAAAAUCCUAAGGAACACAAGAAGUCUGCUGAGGUAUUCCGAAAGGACCUCAUCAGUGCCAUGAAAAUUCCUGACUCUCACCACGUUAAUCCUGACAGCUAUUACCUCUUUACUGACACAUGGAAAGAAGAAUGGGAGAAAGGAGUCCAAGUACCAGCCAAUCCAGACUCUGUUCCAACACCUUCUCUCAGAUCAAGAAAUAGAACAUUACCAACACCCCAGAAGCCUUUCUUCUGCUCCCUGCCAGUAACUGACCUCCCUCACCGUAGGUAACAGUUUUGCCAGUUUUUGAACUUCAUAUAAAUAGAAUCCUAUAGUAUGUAUUCAUUUGAGACUGGAUUGUUUUGUUCACCAUUAUGCUUGUGAGACCAUCCGUGCUGUUGCAUGUAGUAGUUCAUUUUCACAUCAUAUUUCAUUGUAUAAAUAUGCCACAGUUUUUUUUAUCCAUUCACCCUUACUUACCUUUUGUGUCUGUGAAUUUUUAACAAGUAUAUACCUAGGAGUAGAUAUGUUAGGUCAAAGGACAUCUACCUGUUCAUUUCAAAUACAUACCUUAUAACAUCUACUGCUAAAGUGGCUUAUAUCAGUUUAUGCCAACAGCAGCAUAAUAGCAGGUCUAUUGGCUUCAGCUUCUUACCAUCACUCAGGCCUUCAUAGAUUAACUUGGUGUCAGUCUUUUAAAUAUUAGCCAUUUUAAUAGAAAACUGUGAUUAUGAUUGCAAUAUCUGUGAUAACUAAUGAGAUUAGGACCUUUAAAUUCUUCCUUUGCCAUAAAAUAGCCUUAUUUGUAGAGUGUCGGCUUAAAUCUUUACCCUAGUUUUUAAUUGGAGUGUUUUUCUUUUCCAAAUUGAUUUGUUAGAUUUUAAUAUACAUUAUAGGUGUAAGCCCUUUGUUACUUAUCUUUAGUAGCAAAUAUCAUCUACCCCAUGAAUUGCCUUUUUUCUCUCUUUUAAUAACCAGUUUGGUAUGUGUGUUUUUCAGUCUUUUCCUAUUGUGUUUGAUGACAUUUGUGUUUCAUUUAAAAUACCUUUGCCUACUCUGAUGGUAUAAAUAUAUUCUCCUUUGUAUUCUUCCAGAAGCUUUUUUAAACAUAAGCUUCAAUUAAGAAAAUUUAUAAUGUACAUUUUCCUUAUAUAAUUUAAAGUACUUGAGAUGAAUCAUUAGCUAUAAAGUCCUUUUUUUUUUUUUUAAGAAAAAGGCAUACCUUGGGAAAAAUAAAAUGUUCUGUAAUUGCCUUGUAAGGUCAUGCACCAAAGAAGUGCAUUAUAUUUGAUCUUGAAGUCUCUGGAGAGCACGUUUUAUCCUUUUCAGUUGGAAACAGGCCUCUGGAUACAGUUCCCAAAAUUUUAGCUUCAAUUAAUGCUUAAUGUUUCUGCAUUUUCCUUAAAUAUCUACUGCUUUGGCUUCA